ACACAGACAGGAUCCAGCAAACGCUGUGUGCCGUCACCCUGGAAACCAGACAUUGAGGUCACGAUCUGCUUCAUUCCUGAAUAGGCCACCACACACGAUGCAGACCCCUGCACAGUCAAUAGAAGCUAUGAUUUAUCAAAGGUUAGAAGCAGCUGGAUUUCAUGACAAAGAGAGACACAGACAGGAUUCAGCAAAUGCUGUGUACCGUCACCUUGGAUACCAGACAUUAAAGUCACGGCUGGCUUCUUUCAAGAAUUGGCCACCACACAUAAAACAGACCCCUUUACAGUUAGCAGAAGCUGGAUUUUAUCACACAGGUCAUGGAGACGGUGUGUGUUGUUUCGCCUGUGAUGGUGGACUACAACACUGGCAACCGGAGGAUGAUCCAUGGAUAGAACACUGUCGAUUGUUCCCUGCUUGUCCGUUUGCAAGAAUCCAGAAAGGCGAUUAUUUCAUAGAGCUCAUUCAGACAUCCAUUAAAAAUCAGCUGGAAACCUUUACUGAAAAUGGUAUGUCGCUUGGUCUAGAGGAAUUGAAACAAAGAGAUCCUGAAUUGCAAGAUGCAAUGGAUGGACGUAAAGCUGUUUGUAAAGAAAUGGGAUUCCUGGCAAAGGAAAUCAAUGAAGCUAUUAAUGAAUUAAGAGAGAAAGGAACAAGAAAUCCUUCAGUUGAAGAGAUAAUUGAUGUGAUGGAUGUAAUUAAAAGAAGGAAAAUGUUACAGGCUGUAGCAAAUGGUAAAUUAAGACAUUAGUUUCGGUUUAAAGAGCAUGACUUUUAUGAAC